AUGGAUAACAAACGGAGAUCGUCCGCCGUCAACGGCGCGAAUGAAGCCGAUGAACGCGCUGCGAAGCGCCAGAGACUAACUGAGAAAUACGAUCUCAGCAAGCAAGAGACGGUCGAGUCGACUACCGAACACGGCCACUUCUUCCUUGAACAGAUACGCCGGACUGCAGAUAAGAAUGGUCGCAAGGUCGCGGGCUAUUUUGAAAAGCUGCCCCCGAGAGAGAAUAACCCCGACUAUUACAAGAAGACGAGGAUGCCGAUUUCGCUCUCGAUCAUCGAAAGGAAGCUCACCAAUGGCGACUUCUCCACGCUUACAGAGCUGGAAAGCUACUUCAAACGCAUGGUGUCCAACGCAAAGGAAUUCUACCCUCGCAACACUCAGCAGUUCGAUGAUGCGGAGAGAGUUCGCAAAGCUCUGAGUAAUUUCAUGACCAAGACCAAUCCCGCGUAUGCCAGAGGCGGCUAUGCCGCGGUUCCAACCCCUCUACCUGCCAACCGCGUCGAUGAAGCCGAGGAAGAUGACGAGGAAGACGCUCCAUCAAACCCUGGCCGUCGCAAGUCACAGGUUAUCGCAAAGUCUACCGAGGAACAGGGUGACGCUGAUGGAGACGAGGACGAGGAGGAAGAGGAAGCCGAAGCUGACGAGGAUGAUGAAGAGGAAGAUGACGACGCAGAAGGCGAGGAGGACGAUGACGAGGGAAGCCAGAACUCGAAGCCGACUAUUCUCAUUCGUCGCAGAGGACCCGGUAGACCGUCCAAGGGCGCGACUCCUCGUAAAUCAAAGGCACGGAUGGUCACGCCUAGUCGCCCUGACUACGAGUACGAAGGCGUUCCGUACAAGGGCCUCAACUUCCAGACGGCCCAAGAGAAGAUCGUGGAGGAGAUGAUUCGCCAGAAAGAAGACGGCGAGGCCGAAGCGUACUUCGAACCCUUCGUCAACCUUCCCCCGCGGGUUUUGAAAGACUACUACAGGAUCGUCAAGGAGCCCAUGUCGCUCCGCAAGCUCCAAAAGAUCACCAAGGGUGUCAGAGGUCGCAACGAGGCCACUGGCUCUAGCGACUUGAAGAGCUGGGCGGCAUUCGAAGAGACAGCUAGCUUACUCUGGAAGAACGCCUUCUUCUACAAUGAAGAAGGAAGUGAGAUUUACGAGCUUGCCCAGGAGCUUCAGGACUUCUUCGCCGAUGAAUUGAAACAGGCCAAGGCAGCUGUGCCAGAGCCUUCGCAGCCCAAGAUCAAGCUCAAGGUCCAGCAGCCUGCUAUCGAGCAGCCAACGGCGUCUAAGAAGAUCACCAUCCAUGUUGGAGGCAAGAGUGAGUCCGCGGACUCGCCCGCGCCCGCAAUUUCUCAAUCAGCGGGAGUCCUCAUCAAUGAUCAAGCGCCGCUUGCCAACGGCACCGCUCGCCAGGUUGGACUGCCAGCCGUUUCAGCUGCGAUGGACAGACUCCGCAGCACGUCGGCCGCGUCCCCAAGCCCGUCUGUCGCGAACAACAUCAAGCGCGAGGACGCAACAAGGCCUUCUCCUGUAGUGACCCCCGGUCAACCAAGCACCCCUUCUGCUUUUCAGCCGCCUGCGUCGCAGACGACGAACCUGUCUAGCGCGACCUUCCAGCCUAUUGGAGUUGUGCAGCCUCAGCCGCAGGCGAAUGCUACUCCACAGCCGCCUCCGAAGCCUUUGUGGGACCAGCAGUUCCGUGCCCCUGGCAAGAGUGUUGCAGAUGCACUGAUCAGCAAUCUGACUGUCCAGACCCAUCCGAUGAUUAAUGCUGGAGGUCGCUUCGAGAUCACUUUGCUGCCCCUCGAGAGAGAGUGCAAGCAGUCUAUGACCGUCCAUCUCCCUGCCGGCCAGUUGAGAAUUCAAAUUAUUGCGACGAUGCCGACGUUUCUCGAAAAGGAUGAGCGUCAGUGGCGACUUUAUGUGUCGGUCAACCGGCAGGUUGUACAUCAGUUCCAUCCCAUUCAAGGACAGGUGCUUCCCGUCAACGCUAGAGUCUUUGACGUCCAGCUCCAGGCUGGAACCGUCAAUGAAAUCGAGGUCUCCGUCGCGGCUGCUCUGCCUAAGGGACAGAAGCUGCCAAGUGGUGCCGAUUUUGAGGAGUUUUCCGAUACCACUAUUCAAGCUGUUCCGGCUGGCGGCCUUUUAGGCGCCAACAACAUCUAUGGAAACCAGGCGGGCUUUCAGGCUAUCGAUCAAGUCCGCUGGAGGAGCUAUCAGGCCAAUGAUGGUAUUCCCACUCCGAAUCUAAGGGCCCCUCCAGUGACCCUACAAGAUGUCUGGGAUCAAGCCAAACUCAGAAGCGCGACAACGGUCUCUGUGGCGAACGCACUCGGAUUCCGAGAGUACACUACCGACGAUGGACUGGUCACCUUUUACCCGCCCAUCCCGUCUUGGCCUGAAGACGACCAGAUGUCGCUGCAUCUACCUACACCUCAGCCGCCUGCGGCGACCACUUUGAAUCAUCGAGACCAUGACCCCCGAGCGCCUUCGCCUCGAGUUGAAUCUCGUCUAUAUCCCCGCCUACAGAAUCUGUUAUCUGAGGGUACAGAUCAUACACCCCUGCCCAGUGACUCAGCUCAGUACCAGUCUCCCACAGCUUUUCAGUCUAUGGAUCACCGUGCCAAUCAGAUAACUAUGGGGCCACCGCCGACUAGAGACCUUCUAGCUGCAGACGCACGCUUGAGACAGCAGAUUGAUCAGCGACACUUCAGAGAUGCGGAACAGAUGGGGUUCGCACGCAACACGCACUCCCAAAACUGUCAGCAAGAGGCGAGCCAUCACCAGGUUCCUCAUGCAACCCAACGUGUCCUUGAUUCGCAAGCUGCUAGUCGAUUCUACGAUCAUCUGCCCCAGCGACUUGGCCUGGUCCACACCGACUUGCCGGGCGAGCAGCUGCGACAGCAACUCCAGCUUGAACAGAUGGGUAAGAGAUCUAACUUCCAAGACGAUCAACGCAAGCAGACUCGGGAAUACCUUCAGUACCGACAGUCCCCAUAUCCUUCGCAGCAGCGCACCGAGAGUGAUGCCAGACAGGAGGACGCUAUAACGUCGCUUCAGAAAGCUCAAAACGCGGCCAUGGGCAACCGAAUGGAAAAGGUCAAACAGGAGGUUCGGCAACUGGGAGGGUUCCAGGGCCAGCAUUAUAUGCGAAACCUUGUGGCGUUGGUUGAAGAGGACUACAAACUGAUGGGCGCCUGCGUGGAGGUGGAGAUGAAGACCAUUGAGCAGCGCGAGAAAGACGCUGGUCAACCCAAGCUGGUGGGACCAGCCAGGAAAGGUGACCUGGAUGGUGAGUACAUUUGGUCCGUUUGA